UCUGCCAAAUGAAUAAAUGUAAAUGUACUAUGACUACUACUACUAACAAUAUGCUUCAGUUGGAGAUGUCUCUGCAAGGUUCUGUCAUUUAUGUCCAUGGAUAUGACUUACCACAACCUCCAGUGUGGAGUUGACGGUAAACAGCGACAGUGGUGAAGCUCACAAUAAACGCCCUCAUCUACCCCCACAGAGCACACCGUCCUAAACUCAUGCACCCGGCACUGACAGAGGAGGCCCCGAUACCUUUAAACACCUCCUCCCAAAACACUGGUGGGGUGGUGUUUACCACGUGUCAAAGGCUCCAGAUUCUUCCUGUGGUAACAGGCUUGGCACCUGGGACUGCCAGUGUGUGAGCACACCUGUGAUCCACCACAAAUCUCUCUUCAGGAGUGACUCCAAAAAGCAGGCUGCUCAUCUCACUGCCUUUGUUAAGAAGUCUCCUUCCCUGUGCCGAGAGACAUGAGAAAGAGGUUGUUCCAGAUUUUGGGUUUCUUGGUGUCCACGCUUGGCUGGGUCUUUGUCUCCUGCACGAUGGCCAUGGAUUACUGGAGGGUCUCCCAGAUUGGUGGUCAAGGCGGGUCCUUCAUCAUCAAGGUGGCCUGGUACUGGUCCAAUCUCUGGAAGGACUGCUUCAUUGACUCCACCGCUGUGGUCAACUGUAGGGACUAUGCAGUACUGUGGUCUGUGACACCAUACAUCCAGGGGGUACGAGGCCUCUUGAUGGUCGGACUGGGCCUGGGAUUUGUGGGCGCUAUACUCGCCUUCGUGGGGAUGGAGUGCACGUACAUCGGAGGGAGCGACAAAAUCAAAGACAAGAUAUUGUUUGCAGCGGCAGUGUUCCAUUUCGUUGGCGGUAUUUCAGACAUCUCAGGAUACUGCUUAUACAUAAACAGAAUCGCAAGAACAGCCUUUAACCCAAACUUAGACCCGACAAGUUUAAGGUAUGAUAUAGGAACUCCUCUCUUCCUUGGCUUGGUGGGAGCUUUCCUCAUCCUGGUUGGAGCAGUUUUUUAUGUGGUCACAGUAUUCAGAGUCAUCUUCCCAGAAAGCAAAGUGGUGUACGCCUACACUUCAAGAUCCUACGCGACUCCAAGGAACAGAAGCAAAUCUCUGUACACCGGGUACUACAGGUCAUCCAGGCAAUCAAGAAUGUCAAGACAAUCCAGGAAAUCAAUGGAGUCUUCAUCGUCCAAAAGCUCAGAGCUCUCCAAAAUUUCCCAGAUCACCGCAGAGGAAAUCUCUGAUAGGGACGCCUUUGUGUAGUUGAUGUCAUUGUCAUUAUUUUAUACGUUUGGCAUUUAUUUAUUUGCACGGUAUGUCACCUGACACCAGCAGCUUGGGUUGUGAGCCUUUACCCGGUACUUUGGCAGGUCAGCAGCCUGAGGGCUGAUGUUGCAUGCUCCUCUCAGGUGUUACUUGUAGCCUGCUUUUUUUUUUUUUUGAAAGGUGAAAAGCUGGAUCUUUGAAUGUCCUCAGGAGGAUAAUUUCACAGAAACUCACAGUAGCCUUUUCCUGUAUUAACCUUUACCCUUUGAGGGUUUUCCUUGAGACUGCAGUAAGCCACACAUACAAAAUGAAAAAAACAAAAAUCAAACUUCCCCUGAGUCAAUAAUUCAAAACAAAAUGUUACUGUGAUGUACUGAAUUUAUCGCUUUGUCACUCUGUUAUGAUGUUUUACUUUGUGAUGUUUUUUAAAUGUAUUGUUGGUGACAUUUUCUGAUGUCCGCAUUUCUAUGUUU